AUGAAGAGGCUACUGAGAAGUCGAAAGUCCAGACAUGGCUUGAAUCAGGACCCAAGUGACUUGCCGUCUUCACCAGAAGAUUUAUUUGCCACAAUGCCAAGUCACAAUGAAGGAUGGCCAGAAGAGUUUGGAUUUCAGAUCUUUGGGAAUGGACCCUGUUACAUCAUCUCUGUUCAAGAGGGCAGCAGUGCCCAUGUUGCUGGCUUGCAACCUGGAGACCAGAUCCUGGAGAUUGAGGGACAAGAUGUGUCAUCUAUGAACUAUGACGCAUUAGUAAAUCUAGCUAAACAUUGUAAAACUGUUCCUCCUAGUAUAGGGGUGGUAUCUCGUAUUGAGCAGCUAGACCUCUUGCCAGCAGCAGAUGGAAGAUUUGGUUUCAAUCUGAAUGGUGACAGCCCUUUGCAAAUUGAGAAUUGUCUCCCUGAUUCUCCUGCAGCUGAGCUUGGGCUCAAGACUGGGGACUAUGUGCUGGAAGUGAAUGGAGUCCCAGUAAAACAAUAUGAUGCUGCUGCUGCCAUGAUAAAGGCUAAUCAUGGAAAGCCAUUAAAGCUGGGAGUCCUGUGCUUUGGAAGGAGACACAAGCAAGUUAGCAGCAGUAUCAGAGAAUAUGUACAGAAUGCUGAUGCAGUACAUCAGGAAAGAAAACAUAAAGCCUUGGAAUUCAGAAAAAAGAUUGACACAGUGCUUGGGGAGCAAUCUGAGGUAAAAGAGAAGCUGUUCACCCUCCUGAAGCAGUAUGCAUCUGAGCGUAAGGUUGAGUAUUUGGCCUAUGCACUCCCCAUGAUUCUGAACACUGAAGAACACAAGCAGCUCAUUGAUGAUAUCAGGAUUUUCAUCCCAAAGAAGCACCGUCAGAGGUUCAACGAGGUUGUGUCACAAAGCCUCAUCAGCAAGGUCAGCAGCAGCAAGAGCAGGGCCGACAGCACCAACCGUCUGCGCAGGAGCAGAAGUGAAGACCACCCAGAGCGGCUGCUUGUGUCUACCCGAGCCAGCUCAGCUCCUCAAAACCAAGAGGAAUCAGGGCAGAAUAUCAGAAAGCAAGGCUCUAUCUUAGGGGGCAGUGUGAGAUCAGCACCCUCUCGCAGAACGAUCCGAGUAUACAAAGGUCACAAGAGCUUUGGCUUUACACUGCGUGGCCAUGGCCCAGUAUGGCUUGAGUCUGUUCUUCCAGGAAGUCCAGCUGAGAAGUCUGGAUUGAAGGCAGGGGAUCGAAUUCUGUUUCUCAACGGGUUAGACAUGCGAAACUGUUCCCAUGAGAAGGUGGUGGCCAUGUUACAGGGCAGCGGAGCCAUGCCCACUCUGGUGGUGGAAGAUGGGCCCUUUAAUUUCCCUCUUGAGUCAGACCCUGUGGACAAUCAAUCAUAUGCUUCAUCAUUGACUUCGCUGCAAUGGGUGACUGAAAUCCUGCCAUGCAGUAUUAAGUUCCAAGGAAGAACCUUCAUCCAGCAACUGGAGCACCUCCUGACACAGCAGGAACGCUACAGUAUCUGCAAGGCUCUCGAAUGCUUCUUCCAGCACAGGAACAUUGAUACUCUGAUUGUUGACAUCUAUCCUGUGCUAGACACGCCAGCCAAACAGGUAAUCUGGCAGUUCAUCUAUCAGCUGCUGACAUAUGAGGAGCAAGAACAUUGUCAUCAGAAGAUUGCCAGAUUCCUUGGGUACAAGGCAGCAGCAGAGUCUGGAGAAGGAGAGCUGAUAAAUGAAGGUCCACGCCGUAACUCUGUGCGAAGCUCAUCAGUUUACCACAGUAGUGUGCGUACUCGAGUUUCAAACGACAACACAACAAGAGGCCCAGAGAAUGCACCCGAUGUUCAUACACACCUAACUCCUGCGGAGCGACAAUCAGGAGAUGGCACAUCUCUACCGGAAACGCCUAACUUGAGAAACAUAUCCCCUGUCUAUGCUGAGAUAGAGGCUCGUGGAGUGACCAAUUACUCCGGGAAACUGAUGCAGCCAUCCAUAUCCAGAACUUCUCCAGUGACUGAACAGCUGAGUCAUUCAGAAAACCAAAGGUUAGGGGUGAGACAGACUGAGCCCCUUCCCGUACAGUCCUGUCGCUGUCAACCCCCCAAUGAACCUUUGCCAACUAAUUCAGAUUCCCACCCAUAUGGCAGCCCCAGCCUCUCAUCACAAAAUGUAGAGAGCAGUCCCCCGAACCGCAAGAAGAAACUCUUCACCUUCUCUCGGCCACCCCGCAGCCGUGAUACAGACCGUUUUCUGGAUGCUUUGAGUGAGCAGCUGGGUCAGAAAAUAACUGCGAUGGAUGAGUUCAUGAACCCUGAGAAUGAUUAUGAAGAAAUGACAUUUCAUGAUGAGCAGGAAAUCUAUGGUACAAAUGACCCAAGCAGUCCCAGUGAAUACGUCAGCAGCAGCGAAGAUGGAAGCUCCUUGACCUAUUCUUCAUGUUCUGAUCCUAUCCCUCCUCCUCCUCAAAGCCCCCCACCCCCUCCACCCACACAAUUCAAUGAUCCAAAACCUAUCACUUUAGUCUCAGAAUUAAAAAGGGCUAUCCCACCUCCUCCCCCACCUCCACUGCCUCCACCCCCUUACAUUUCUGGCCAGUACCAGUCCAAGCCCCUUCCUCCCCCUCCUCCACCACCUCCCCUGCCUGCUUCUUCGGGCCCCCCUCUGCUGCACCGUGGCUUCCACCGGAGAAGUGAAUCCAGUCAUAUGAGUGUGAAGAGGCUGCGAUGGGAACAAGUGGAGAAUUCAGAGGGAACUAUUUGGGGUCAGUUUGGAGAAGACUCAGAUUAUGACAAGCUGAGUGAUAUGGUGAAGUACUUGGAUCUGGAGCUGCAUUUUGGGACCCAGAAACCAAACAAAGCAAGUUUUGUACCUGAAACAUUUAAGAAGAAAGAUGUAGUGGAAGUAUUGUCCCGAAAAAAGGCCUACAACACAUCAAUUCUCAUUGCCCACCUGAAGCUCUCAGCUCUAGAGCUCCGCCAGAUCCUCAUGACAAUGGAAAAUGAUCGUCUGGAGCCAUCCCACAUUAAACAGUUGCUGCUCUAUGCCCCUGAUGAGGAAGAGUUGAAGAACUUCAGUCAGCAUUCAGAUGAUCCUAGUAAAUUAAGUGAGCCAGACCAGUUUGCUUUGGAGAUGUUGUCAGUGAAGGAGUACAAAAUCAGACUGAGAAGCUUGCAUUUCAAGAUCACAUUACAGGAAAAGACAGAGGAGAUUAAGGCUGGGCUGCAGUGUAUCUACAAGGCCUCUGUGGAACUGAAAAGUGGCAAGAAACUUGCAAAAAUUCUGGAGUUUGUUCUUGCAAUGGGAAAUUACCUCAAUAAUGGACAGCCUAAAAGUCCCAAAACCACAGGAUUUAAAAUUAACUUCCUGACAGAGCUUGACACCACAAAGACUGUGGAUGGGAAAUCCACAUUUUUACACAUUCUUGCCAAAUCACUGGGUCAGCACUUCCCCGAGCUGCUGGAUUUUGCCAAGGAGAUUCCAACAGUGGCACUUGCUGCAAAAGUUAACCAGAGAACAAUAACUGCUGAAAUUGGUGACAUACAUUCAACAAGGAAGGAAAUACAGACAGCUUGUGAGAACAUAACUGUGACUGAAGAAGACAGAUUUGCUGCAGUCAUGACUGCAUUCCUGGGAGAUGCCCAACCCCUUAUUGCUUCCCUCGACUCCCUGCAGAACCGAGCCAUCGAGGAGUUCAAUAAAGUCUCAACAUUUUUUGGAGAAGAUUCAAAGGCAACCACAACAGAAGCUUUUUUUGGGAUAUUUGCAGAAUUUAUCACAAAGUUUGAGAGGGCGUACAAUGAGACACGGGCCUCUGCAAACCUGCAGAACCUGAAGGUGGUUUCCCCGCUUGCCUGGUGACCUGAACAAUGCUUCUGCAAUCCCAGCACAGAUUUUCCAAACAGUGCAAUGUUGUUUGAUGAAGUAAGAUGAUGGACGGGCCCAGUAAUGGAAUCUCUGUGUGUAAUGACAGCGCUCAAUAAAGUAGUGUCCAUUUGGAAGCUGCAUCACCAAAAUCAACUAGGUAACGGCACACUAUCAGAGCUUGAUGGAUUCAGUGCACAUCUAAUGCCUGCCAUAUGGCUGCCCCCAACUUGUAUAUUAGGAAUAUGUUUGAUACUUAAGUAAAAGCAGAUCCUAAAACUGACCGCAGAGAAGUUAACGGUGUUUCCUCAAUAAGAGUUCUAUUAGCAGUUCCUUUGAGAAACUUGAUCACAUAACCAAGGAACAGUGCAAUACUGUUAUUUCCUUCCCUCUUCUCCUUACUUUAUGUUCACUUCACUCUUUCAAUGACCCCAAAUUCAGAAGUUCCUCCAGUACCUCUUGUUUAUCUUUGGUUGAUAGUAACUCUCACAUCCCCCACCCUAAAUAACCAAUGAAAUGGAAACCAGAGCCAGCACCAAAGCACCCAUGUCAGUCUUGGUAAUUGUUUGAACAGAUAAGUCCAGGUAGAAAUUGCAGCAUUUGUGCGCAUGGUUGAAUUUGGAGAGAUGGGCUCCAAAUUAGUGAUUCCAUGUGGACGGGUGGGUAAGGCAGAGGAUUCAGUCCUGGGUGUGUGGAGACAGGAACUCACCCGCUGCCAGAUGAAGAAAAGCUGAGGCUCAUCUUCUUCAUAUCAUCAUCCUAGUAGUUGUAUGAUGAGCAAUAAUAUCUGCUUUUAACACUAAAAUGUCUGUGAUUUAAUUUUUGGGCAUGUGGCUAAAAGCCCUUUUUCAUAUGUGACAAGUCCAGGUAGACCAGAUGAAGUAAGACUUUCCUGCCACACUGCAAUGAAUAAUUUGAUGAAAUGUUAACAGUAAUUAGGAGAUUACAUAUAGAGCUCCAGGACUGGGAUGAAAUUAUUCAGUUAUAGUUUUUCUCAAUCACCAUCCUACUCAGAUAUUGUCUGAUACACAUGGAGGCACAACCAGGUCCUCAGAUGUUUGGCAUGCAUUGUGGAGAAGCAAAGGCUGAGCAACCACUCUUAAGCCCCACAUGACUGGAAGAACCACCAUCCCCUUUGUCUAGCGAGGACAGACAGUGCCACCCUCAGUGACACAGUUGGUGUCAGGCUUACUGGAGCCUGCUCAUGCCUGGAACAUAGCUGUUGACCUUAACAAAAGGCUAAUAUUUUCCCCGGAGAUAGCCACUACCACCCUCAGACCAGACUAGGUCUUGUGGUCCAGCAGUCUGAAGGCUGUAGUAAUCGCAGAACUCACAGUGCCCUGGGAAGAUGCAGUCUGCGAGGCGUAUGAGUGGAAACAUGUAAGAUAUGCUGAGCUGGCCACAGAGGCUAAGCAGCGUGGAUGGAAAGUGCAGGUUUUCCCAGAAGAGGUUGGCACAGAGGAUUUGUGGCUACUUCCAUGGUCAGAUGCCGAAAGGAUUGGGGAUCCGAGGCCAGGGCCGGCAGCAAGCUAUAAAAGAACUCUCAGAGGUAGCCGAGUGAAGCAGCACUGGUUAUGGAUGAAGAGGAGUGAUGACAGCUAGGCCCUAAAAUGACCCAUGAGUGGCCGGAUGUGAAGGGGGUGCACCUGGGACGCCAGGUCGCACUGUUGAGUCCCCUAGAGAUGUAGUGUGCUAAAUUAGCGAUACAUCUAAGAAGGUGGGAUGUGCCCACCUGAUGACCCCUGGGAAACAUAUGCCACCCACCACGCCCCACUUCAAGAUCUCUAUGCUAUGACCCGAGUUAGGACCUGCUUAUUAAUGGGAUUGAAACUUCUAGUCCUAUUUGCUCAAACUGAGGUGGUGAUGCUAUCUGUGAUCAGUCUAUCAACAAUCAACGUUCUUGCUUCUGGAAUUGAAUAAUGGGAAAUUGGGACAUGAUUCUGGAACUAGCAGAAGGACUCCCCAGCUUAAAAGGAACUAAGAUAUAGAGGAGCCUAUUGGUUACUAAUGCCCAAGCUGUAGUCUGUAGCCUGCUUUCCUGACACUUGCGAGGUAGUAUGGACAUUUGUAACACCAAGAUCUCUCAGAAUUCAUCCCUAAAUAUUUUAGUUAACAUCAUUGCUAUGUCUCCUAUUGUGUGAGGAAUUACAUAGGAUAUAUAAUAUUGAAACAGUCCAUUUGGUCCAGCCAGUCCUUACUAGCAUUUAUGGUCCACGCAUGCCUCCUGUCUUACCUCACCUACCUCAAUUAGCUUAACCUUCAAUACCUUUUUGUCAUACAGCCUGCCCAAACUCCUCUUCAAUGUAUCUACACUAUUUGCUUUAACAGAUACAGUACCUUCGGGACUGAGUUUCAUAUUCUCACCGUUACUUUGGAGUAAGAGGUUCUUCUGAAUUCCUUGGGCAAAGGUGAAUUACUUAGGCCUCUAUUUCUGCUCUUCCUCACAAGUGCAAAUAUUCUUUUUGUCAAGGGCUUUCACCAUUCUAAAGAUCUCUAUUGGGUUAUCACAAAGUAAUUAUUUUCAAGAGAAGUGAGAUCCAGUCUGUUCAUCCUUAUACAUAUACACUAGGCUUUCUGGUAUUGUUUCCUGUAAAUCCUUCUGCACACUCUCCAGAGCCUCUGCAUUACCAUAUGGUAACUUGAACUAUACAUGGUAUACCUUGUUUUUUUCACUUAUGGCCUUCCUAACCUGUAGCAUAACCUCUAGUGACUGGUGUCUUAGUACUUCCUGGUCCCUUUAUGCUUUGAGAUCGAUUGUAAUCCUUUGUUAUAAGGGACUCUCUUCUUUCUACCAGAAUGCAUUACCUUCCAUUUUUAUGUAUUAAACUUCAUUUGCCAAUUAUUUGCUCUUUCUCCUUAUGAUUGUCUUCCUAGAUAAUAAUUAUCCCUCCAGUUUGUAUUGCAUGUAGAUCUAGAAAUUAUGUUCCUGAUCCGAGGGUGUAGAGCAUUAAAAGCUGAGAACAGCGGAGGUCCCACACUGAUCCUUUAGGAGCACCACUACUCCCCCUCUCCAAUGAUAGUUAGCUAUCCCUUUUCCCACAGUCUUCUUUAUGAAAUGCCAGCUAGCAAUGCAUAUUCUGACUUUAUUAAUUAGGAGUACUUCUGUGAAGGGCCUUUGAAAAUUUGUCUAAAUGUUAUUAUUAUUAUUAUUACUAGUAGAUUUACUAGUUAUUCAUAUUAUUAAACUUCAUUGGAUGCUCACUCCUUGGAAAAUCUUGAUUCCACAACCACUCACUUUCUAAAUCUUUUUCUUAUUUGGACAUGACAUGUAACUGUACCUGGAACAAUAAUGAAUAAAUUGGAAAAGGUUAGUUCUUAAGGGUGGGCUGAAAAUUUACUCUUAUGGUCGGUGUUCGGCCUUAUUGUAUUUACUGUAGUUAUUCAGUAAUCUAUGGUUUCUUCCUGAAAAACUACAGAGAGCUUUGUAAUCCCAAGAAGCCUUUGGGAGAUUUGCUAUGUAGGUAUCAAGAUACCAGGAGAGGUAGAAAGAUAAAAUUACAUUUAAAAUGAUGAAUUGUUUCCUGUGAGCUUUGUGACUAAAAGUACUAUUUAUUCAAAUAAUGUAAUCUUUAUUUACCUUUAAUCUUACUUAAUCCUCUCAAUACAUUGGAGUUCUCUUGUUUGCCCAGCUUGAAGUGCCUCAUUGAUUGGAUCAAUGUGCUUAAUGGUUAUGUAUCCAGUUCUGUUGACACUUGGCACACAUGAAGUCUUUGGCCAUGGUCCCUCAGAUGGUGGCACACAAUCUUUUAUUGGAUCAACAGCUUGUCUUAACCCAACCUGCUUACUUUUUAUGUAAGGUCCACCCUGUCUUUUCAAUGAGUGAUUCAUUGCCCCAAUCCGUUGUGAAACAUGCAUGAAGAUCAAAACCCUCUGAAUUGCACUGGGUCUUAGUUCUGCCCCAAAGCUAUAUCCUACAGUGUUGAUGCACAGAAAAGAAGUGCCUCAAGCUAGUGGGUGUCAGCUUCCGUCAAGAGCAGUCUCCCCUGUCAUUACAUACUCUGGUCACAUUAAAGUGGCAUUCCACCUGGAUGGAGUCUGGUCUGUUAACCACAUUACCUGUUAGAAUAUUGGAAGGACUCCAAGGCAGGGUCACAACAUGGGCCAUUGUGAUCUUUGUACUUAAAACUUACAAUGCAAAUACAUCUUAGUUAAAUUAAACAAACCUUUCUUCUGUCAUGAUCUUCUCCUGAAAAUGCUGGAGAGUAUUCCACAAGCACCAACUUGGUACCUCAUCCUGGCAACCAUCCUUCAGGUGUGGGUCUGUAAAGUGGAUGUGGACAGGUACUGUAAUUGAGGCUUCUCAUUCUUUUCAUGCCUGGUGCCCAUGUGCUUCCACUGUCCAGCAUAUGUUACAGGACAUUGGCUGGGUGAUGUAUCUGCUUAACCUUACCAUCAAGGUCAUUAAGUUGGCACAGCCCAGACCUUCAACCUGUGACCUACAGCAGGGGUAUAUCCAGUGCUUUGUAUGGAGGCAUUGUGUUUCCAAAUAUACAUUGAUGAAUCAUCAUGAGUAGAUCCCUGAAGCACAUGCAAGGUGAACAUGAGGAGUCAAACUCUAAACUUUUCCAGGCAAGGGCAACCUCUAAACCCAAAGGCACUGUGCACCAUUUGCUGUUUCAUAUUAGCUUCCACAUCUCACUUGUGCUAUGGGAUAUUUGACAGAGUUUUGGCAAGCUAAUAAAGACAGCAUUGUAUUCAAGACCUUGCUUCAUUUCUUCUGCAGUGACAAAUAAUGUUCAGUAUUUUAAAUAUCACAUCACAUUGUGCAUCACUGGAUGGAAAGUAAAUUACCCCACCUGAAAUCUCACUGGGGAAUGUGAGGCCUCGGUACAGUGGCAAAAGGGUGAAGUUGAUGAGCUGUCCUUUGGGCAACCAUGUUCUGAUUAGAUCUGAGCUAACCACUCAGUGAUUCCCUGGAACUCUGCGGACCAUCAGGUCUGUGUUUACAGAAUAAAUAUGUUAUAAAACUGUUGCUGCUGGAGACUGGGUUCACGCUUAUUUUUCACUUUGUAUUGUACAUGUCUUAGUAAUUAAAGUUGGCAAUAAAAGUU